CCAUUUCCGUUCAGUAUGGGAUGGCAGGGCGCUCCUACAGGACGUUAUUUGAAUGAAGAUCGCAGUUUCUGGACGUUACAUGCUGUAUAUAUGCCUCCUUUGCUGCGUUCGUCAACAGUCAAGAAAUUUGUGGCCGGUUACGAGCUUGUUUGUGAGCCGCAGAGAGACAUGACACCCGAAAAGGUGAAUCCUCGCGUUUAG